UUAAAUAGAAAAGAUGAUGUUUUCCAUUCUUUUACUGAUUUUUGUUCCAAAAUCAGAAGCUAAAACGGGUUCCUUGUUAACUGGUACUUAUGAUCCGAACUCUACGGCUUUGAUCAAUGAAAGACGUGACAUUCAGGAAAUCGACGUUCUUCGGCAGAUCAUCAACCAGGAAACUCUCAUCUGUUUAGCCGUGGUCAAGGAUGUAAAGGCAGUAGUGGACGAUGUCAGUUCUGUGAAGCGAAGCAUGGAGUCUACGGUAACGAUUGUCUCCUCUCUACAGCCGGCGCUAAAUACAUUGAAAAGGCAGGUUGACUUCUUAAUUCGGGACAAUACUUUAGCGCAGAAUGUAAAAUCAUUGAAAAGCCAUGUAGAUAUUCUGUUAAUUCAGGACAAGAUUUCAGCACAGAAGAUAGAAAAUUUGGAAAGACGAGUUGAUACUCUAAGUAAGGAUAACGCUUUACAGCAGACGGUAGACACAUUGAAAACACGGGUUAAUUCUUUGAGUCGGAAACAGAGAAGAAAAAACAAGAAGAUUGUAAUGAUUUGUGAGAAAACGAUUCAAGAAACUGAGCAGAAGUUUAAUAGAAACAUAGCCGAAAUUUACGAACUUCUAAAAAACAGAACAUUGCAAAUCGUUAAGAAAGGUUCAAAAAUAACGGAUUGCAAGGACCACUAUCUACAAGGACAAACACAGUCUGGUGUUUAUGAAAUAUAUCCCUUUCAUAACGAGUCCCAGGUUAGCGUGUACUGUGAUAUGGAGACUGAGGGCGGAGGGUGGACAGCAAUCCAGAAACGGGUGAGUGGAUCCGUGAGUUUUAACAGAACGUGGGCGGAGUACAAGAAUGGGUUUGGAACCCCUAAUGACUCUUACUGGAUUGGAAAUGACGUCAUUCACCAGCUUACCAAGAGAAGCAACUCAUCCCUCUACGUCUCUAUAACAUUACAAAAUGGCCGACCUUUAUACGAAUUUUAUCUUCAGUUUUCCGUGUCUGAUGAAAAAGACAACUACAAACUUUUUCUUGGAGGGCCUGCUACCGGAACCUUGGGUGACAGUAUGUUAGACACUGGUUAUCCCAAUUACAGUGAUCUGUCUGGGAUGUCGUUUAGUUCACCAGACAAGGAUAACGACAGAUGGAGUGGUAACUGUGCUGCUUUUUAUGGGAAAGGAGGGGGCUGGUGGUUUAACAGGUGUCACGGGGCCUUUCUUAACGGUCCCUGGUCCUCGGCAUACUGGUACAGAGCUUGGUAUCCUACUAUUCAGCGUGAAUCAAUGGUGACAGAGACAAUGAUGUUAAUAAGACGUCACUAGCAAAGCAAACAUAGACCUCUGAAAACAUCAAAGAUGGGAACAAGAGCCAUUGAGGAAUUUUUGUGACUUUUUAGAAUCAUUACUUUUUUAUCUUCACAUUUCACGGAAAAGUUGAAUUGGUUUGUCAUUCGAUGAGUACAGGUCCCAAACCAACCAAAAAAAAAAACAGAGACGAUGUGGGAAAAUGAAUCUGUCUUUUAAAUUUGGCUCAAAUGAAUUUGUUAGCGAAUGCGUACUAUUUUGCGAUAGAAAAUGGAAGGCAAUGAUACAUUUACCAAGGCGUUCAGUAUUCAUUCAUUCCUUACCAAAUAUUGUCGAAAAAAAACAUACACAUGGACAUGUAUUACUUAAGAAUUUUGUAUUGUUUAUUUCAUCUUGAUUUGAAUGCUUUCACAUGUAUUUUAUAGAAUUAAUGAAUGUAUAAAUGAA